GUAGUCGACGAGGAUAUGAAAACGGUUAGCAGGAAUCGUCGUCUUACAAGCCUGUUCAGCAUUACUGUAUUUUUUACGUUUGUACUUUUUUUCCAACACAUUACAAACUACACAUUAUUAAUUCUUCAUGUCAAGACAAACUCGUCUCUGGUGAACGUUGAAGCUUCUCGAGCUAGCUUAGCUUGCUAGCUGCCAUCAAGGAGACCCGGAAGUUAUCGAGGCAUCGCUAAACAGCGAUCAAUUGUGAGUGUAAAGUGUUGUGAUUGUGUGAAAAUGUGCAAAAUGCUGGUAGCUUGGUGAAUCAGCGACGAAUAUUUUCAAAAAGUGAAAAAGAGCUGGUUGGGUACAGAAGUGACGGAAGUUGAGGAAUGGCAGGCUAUUAGAAGGAGACGAGAGGAUAUAACUGGCAAGAUAAGUGUACAAGUUGAGAAAGAUGCUAUAUGCAGACACAGUAAGGAAAGUGAGAAUGAGAUGCAAAGAAUAUCCAUCCAUUUUCUAUACCACUUGGCUUCACUGGGGUCGCGGGUCUGCUGAAGCCUAUCCCAGCUGUCUUUGGGCGAGAGGCGGAGUACACCCUGGACUAUCCCCCUUAUCAUAAUAGCAGAAAUUGGUAGGGCCACUCAAGACAAACCGUUCCAAGGUGAGUUAUAAGGCAAAGUGUGGCUCAAAUAGACCCCCAUGACGAGUGAUAUACAUGGACUAAGGUUCCGCCCGCUUCUGGAGGUGGGCAAGCGUCUGAUGGCCGGGCCCCAUGGGGUAACAUGGGUCUCCCCCUUCAAUGAGCUCACCAUCCAUUGGAGGGGUCGGGGUGCAGAUUGAGUUGGUUGGCAGCCCAAAGCAGGGACCUUGGUGGUGCGAUCCGAGGCUACAGAAGCUAGCUCUUGGUACGUGGAAUAUCACCGGGGAAAGAGCCUGAGCGGGUGCAUGAGGUGAAGUUCCAGCUAGAUAUAGUUGGACUCACCUGGACGCACAGCAACAGUUCAGGAACCAGUCGUCUCGAGAAAGACUGGAAGAUACUGCCCCAAGUGGAGGAGUUUAAGUACCGUGUGGUCUUGUUCACAAGUGAGGGAAGAGUGGAACGUGAGAUCGACAGGCGGAUUGGAUCUACGGUGCUGCGGACUCUACAUCGGUCUCUUAUGGUGAAGAGGGAGCUGAGCCGAAAGGCAAAGCUCUCAAUUUACUGAGACGUCGCUGAAGAAGAUCUUCCCCCUGAGCAGCAGGAGUGGAGCUUCAGCAUGGAGCUGGAGGAGCCCCAGCUCCCUCUCAUUAAAAAGAAAGAGGAGGAGCAACAGCCCCGGCACAUUAAAGAGGACAACGAGGAGCCCCAGCCUCCCCACGUUAAAGAGGAAGAUGAGGAGCACAGCAUCAGCCAAGAUGGAGAAAAUCUUCAGUUCCCAGUCAUUCAUGUUGUUGUGAAGAGUGUAGAUGAUGAAGACAAAGGUGAAAGUGAGGAGAAGAGAGAGGUGGAGCCUCCAAGCAGCAGCUCAACUCAACACAUGACAACAGAAGCUGAUGGAGACCACUGUGGGGGAUCACAAGCAGACAACUUCUUAGCUCCACUAUCAGAUAGUGACGACACAACGUCACACUCUCCUGACACUGAUGAUGAAGACUGUAAAGCUGAUAUGACAUGUCACACUGACAACACACGCUUGAAAUGCUCUCACUGUGACAAAACCUUUAAUUACCGUACUAAUCUGAAAAGACACAUGAGACUACACACAAGAGAAAAGCCAUUCAUGUGCUCAGUUUGUGGUAAAAGAUUCUCUCAGAAGGCACAUUUGACAACACACACAAGAAUACACACUGGAGAGAAACCUUUUUCCUGUUCAGUGUGUGGUAUAAGUUUUGUACGAAAUCAAGAUCUGAAAACACACAUGAGAACACACACUGGAGAAAAACCAUAUUCCUGCUCAGUGUGUGGCAAAGGUUUUCUACGAAAUCAACAUUUAACAGUACACACGAGAAUACACACUGGAGAAAAACCAUAUUCCUGCUCAAGCUGCAGCAAAAGCUUUUAUGACCGAACAGCACUUGUAGUACACAUGAGAAUACACACUGGAGAAAAACCAUAUGCCUGUUCAGUCUGCAGCAAAAGCUUUUCUCAACGAAAAGCACUUGUAACGCACAUGAGAACACAUACUGGUGAGAAAGUGUUGAGUUGCAGUGUGUGUGAUGAAAGAUUCUCUUAUAAGUACCAGCUUAACAAUCACAAGUGUGCUGGUGAGAACAGCAGCAGUAAAUGAAACUGCACGACUUGAAAUAAACUGUCAAGACUUUGUUAAAGGUACUGUCUUUUUUUUGGCUCCAAAUUAUAUAUUUUUUUAAACCAAAAAAUAUAAGGAGAACACCAGGGGAUAACAGAUGUUACCAGUAGUGGUUUUAAAUCACAGAUUGAAGAAAUAAAGAUCUGUAUUUGUCACAAUUUGAAGUUGAACUUCAAAUCCAAUGAUUGGCGUGUGUGGCUUUCACGCACCGCUGCCUGGUAUCCAUGUACAUGCACAAAGCAGUUUUGGAGGAGCGGCUAAGAGCUUGGAGCCAUUCUGUGGUUAUGAUAAACUAUACAUGGAAUUAUCGCGCUGGGCGUAGCUUGCAAUGUCAGAGCAGGAAGUGGGCGGGAUAUAACACU